AUGCCCGAAUACGCGAGUGCCUCGUUGUUCAGUGGGAAUGGCAGUGUUCGACAAUGUUCCACCUUGAAUUCGGAUACCACGGAGGCGAUCAAAUCCAAAGGAACAACCGGUGAGACCUACUGCGUCCCGCAUCAGAACGGUUCACAUCAGCACUUCAGUUUAUGGACCAGUACGGGCCCCGGGCUGGUCACAUCCAAUCCGGCCGGAUUGAACAGCAUGGCCAACGGUCAUGUGCCCAUGCUAGCCAAAUCCGGAUUGGGAUUGAACCAUCCGAGUGAGACGUUCACUGGGAGCAGUUUGGAUUCCAGUGGUCUUUACUACCUAGCCAACGCGUCAGAUUCCGUCGGUCCACGCAACACGAGCGGUCUAGUCCCCGUGGCCGAAUCACAACCCCUAUUCCUGUCCACUUACGGGACCCAACCCGCAUCUUUGAUUCCUCUAACUGGGAUGGCCACUUUGUUAUCUCCGAGUUGUCAAAGGACCACGAAUUUACAUACGACCGAUUCCGUUUUUCCCUAUCCCACCCAGCUACGGCACAAUUUGUUCGAGUUGGCCCGCACAAAUGAGGUGCUACCAAAUCAAGGCGGUAACCCGAUUGAACCGUCCGGGUCAGACCAAAGCCCGGUUCUGUUGCCGGUGGCCACAUCGAAAGGCAAAUCUGGAUCGGAUCCUUCUUGA